GCACGGCUGGAGCAACUAGGUCAGGCAAACACACACAAAACGCAUGCAUGACAGUGGAUAUUUUGUUUUUGCCUUGCCCUCUCUCCACCUCCUUCGUGCACAACCCAAGCCAAGCAGCACCCACUGUGAGCGCGCAAAGUGAGCGUGCACAGCCGUGUUCCUGUGGAGGACCCUGUAAUAACAAAUCCACGAGGUAUGACAACCGACGUGAGCUCAUCGGAUGCAGACUGGAUCAGAACCAGCUGACAGGAUGAGCUGAAACAUUGCGCGCCGGAGGUUGCCAAGGGCGAGAGUCUCCACUGACCUCUGUGAAAGUAAUCCUUCCGCUAUUCCGAUCGCCUUGGUGGAAGUCAAUGAAGAAUGUAAGCGUGCGUGGAUCUCUCCAAGCGGACUGCAUGAAGCCCUCGGCGGUGUCAUGCGUCUUGCCCCGCAGCCAAGCGCGCAACCCCUGCGGCUCGUCGUUGUGCUCCUGGUCUCCACGGGGGUGAUCGCGUCCCCGCUGCUGUCGUCGGGCUGCCCGGACAGGUGCGUGUGUGACGAUCAGCUGGUCGUCCAAUGCGCCGGGCAGCACCUGAGCAGGUUCCCGGCGGACUUGCCUCUGGCCACUCGGCAGCUCAUCAUCUCCAACAACCUCAUCGUGGAGCUGCCACCGCUCGCCCUCAACUACCUCUCGGAUCUGGUCUACUUGGACUGCAGCAACAAUUCCUUGACUGAGAUUUCCCAGUCAACGUUCGGGAAUUUAAGGAAGCUGGCCUACCUUGACCUUUCCUUCAACACCCUCACCCGGAUCGAGGACAGGACCUUCGGCCCCCUGGCGAGCUUGAUCAUGCUGAGGAUGACUGACAACCCGGAGCUGUCUGAGAUCCACCCGGACGCCUUUGCGGAAAACCUGGCCUUGCAGGUUCUGGAUAUGAGCCGAAACAAUUUGACGGCCCUGAACAUCAGCUCACUCAUCUCACUGCCUGCCCUGCGCUCCAUCGGCCUCAGCGGGAACCCCUGGAGCUGUGAGUGCAUUAUGGAGGAGCUCUGCCUGUGGGUCCAUCUGGAGGGCUUCAAGUUUCAAGAUGAGGGCCAGACCGUGUGCGGUUCCCCGGACGAGCUUCAGGGCCAUCGUCUGGGCGAGGCUGGAAUCCAACUACGGACGUUGUGUCACCACACGUUGGGUUCCUGGGACUACCUUUUCUUCGUCAUCAUCGGCUUUGUCAUCUUCGCCGCCGGCACCGUGUCGGCCUGGUUCAUGGGGGUCAUCAUGGUGCUCUACGAGCGCUACAUCAAAAAGAAGGAUGAGCAGCUGGAGCUGGAGGAAGAGGAGGACGCGGACACGGGCCGGACAUCACGGGCCAGGAGUGACCAUGGGGAUGCAUUGUUAAAACACUCGGUUUAGGGGUCUUGGCCUCACUUUUCCCACUUUGGAUCGUCACUGUGCCUCCUGUCCAAUCCCAGGACUUCCUGGAUUACUUGUGUUGAGUUAACAAGCAGUGCAUUCAUCAGAGAGGAGGACCCACCUCUAAACACACUCUUUGCCAUCAUGGAGGGUUUGGAUCUUAGUCACAGUGACCAUGAAUGCACAAUUAUUGAUUGUUUGGUUGGGAAGUGGUCUGCCUGAGCGUCAAGAAGGAUGUGAGUCAAGGUCCCUUCAAACAGGCAUGACCAUAAGUGAGUGUUUGAGGUGCAGCCAUCAUUGUGAGAAAACGGAUAACUUAUAUUUUGAGAUGGUUACCUACCUCGCAAACAUUGCCAGAUCUAUCAAAGUACAGCAUAAGUCCAUUAGUUUCUGUCAUGGUACUUACUGUAUGUACCACAUAGGGCUUAUUUCUGGAUUUGAGCUUUUUGUACCUUCUACAGGGCCCAAACACUGCAUACAUGUUACCAGGCUGUAACAGUACGGUCAAGAGUGCAAAAGCAGUACACAAACCAACGAUUAGUACUAGGGAUGCUCCCAUCGAUUGGCCACCGAUUUCCGUGAAGAAUCGCGUGCUCGGCAUAUGCCGAUAAAUGCCUUUCAAUGCCGAUCACAAAAGCCGAUCACCUGUGGCUAGCACUAUUGCAGUCCACAGCGAUCCUUUCGGGCAGUGUCAUCCACUUUCUUUCACAGCAAAAACAAUCAUGUCUGCAGUGUGGGACAUAACUGCCAACACGUGCCACGGAAACUGUCUUGCGGGAGUAGCACAUUAGAAAGCUUUAAUUUAAUACGACAUUUGAAGAGCAAACACUUUGACGGAGAAUGGCGAGUUUUCGAGGCUCAAACUGCAGCCAACGCAGCCGUGUGGCCAACCCUUGCACACAUGUGCGUGAAAGUCAGAAGGCUAAGCUGAUAACCUGAAAAAGAAUCGAAUUCAUCGGACGAAAUGAGCCUUUCCCAGCGGUGGAAGACAUCGUGUUCGCCGAGUGCUCUCUCACUUACCUGGAAGUCCUGCUAGAGCUCCACCAAUGUACUCUCACAUCCAAAGUCUUCUUACAGAAGGCGUCAUCCUCUGUAAGUUUCACCAGUGAUGUAUCUUUGCUUCAAAAAGUAAGUACAAUAUGUUUUUGUCUAAAUUAAGGUGAUUUUAUGGUUCCUUUUUUCAUAUCGUAUCACCAGUGACAGGGGUGGUAUCGGCUGAUUUCAGUCCUGGAUGAUCAGUAUUGGAAUCGGCAGCAUAAAACCCUGAUCGGAGCAUCCCUAAUUAGUGUAAUCAUGUACUUAAAAAAAAAAGGACUCAGACGACCAAAUAUAAUGAUAAGCAAUGUCACAUUAAAAGCCAUUUGUAUUAUGGGAGACACUUUCAUUUUUACUUAAGCAAAUAAUUGCAUCAUAAUAUCUGCUUGUGUAUUUUAACAUAAAAGACGUACCUGCUGCUCAGUCCCAACAACAAUGGCAGUCACUGCUGCUGGAAUACUGGAAUACAGUUGGCCAUUUAUUUUCUAAACUCAGCAAACAGACCAAAGGUCAUUUUUUAAUUAUAACACGAGCAAACAUCCUUUUCUCAUAAUUCAAUAAUGGUGGAGUUACUGUAUGUGUGUGUGUGUUUACUCUCAUAUCAGCUACGCAGACACUCUGCUGACGUUCUGUCUACUGCUGACGUUCUGUCUACUGCUUCCUUGUUGGCAUUAAGAAGAAAAUUCAAUGGAAAUGGGGAAAAACUCUUUGGAAACCAUUCUGUACUCGUCAAACUGUAUUUUUAUUUAGAUUUAAUCGGAUCUAUCGAUCACCCUCUUGAACCCAUACACUGUAGCAGGGUUUGCAUGUAAAUAACUAAGAUUUAUAGAUCGACGUUUGUAACGUGUCUUUUCCACAUAUGAUGGCGUUGAAGGGCUACUUUGGGAGGUGUGAAGGAGUGUAGAACUUGUGGAAGGACAUGCAUCAUUCCAUGUUUGCGGAGUAACCAUCUUCUACAUGCACCAACGAGCCUUUUGAGAGAGGACAAGCUAGAAAGAAACAGGGCUAUUCAACGACUUUGAUACUGAAUUGGUUGCACUUUGUGGCUGACUGUUAAGUUAUGAUAAAGAACAAAUGAUAUGGACAACAUCUUUGUGAUACACCACAAUUAGUAGACCCUUAAUUUACUCUUGAAUCUUACUGUUUUUAUAGUUUGAGAUAUUCUAUGAUAUUCAACUUUGUGGAACAGUGUGGGGAUGGCGUUUCCCGUGUUUCCAUACGUUUGUUUGUUUGUGGCGACCUGCCAAUAAUAAGUUUGGAUGGCCACUGAUGGAUUUGGCACUACCUGUAGGUGGCGGUAUGCCGAAUUCCCACGCAGUACGCAUUAAAAGUGUAUCUGGUGUCAUGCAUUUACCAUCCACUUAGUCUCAGUAGGGAAGCCAAGAGUUCCUGGUCUCCGACUACCUCUUCCAGCUCCAUUAGGGGGACACUGAGGCGGUCCCAGGCCAGUCGAGAAACAUUCAUCCUCAAGCAUGUCCUGGGUCUAUCCCAGGCCCUCCUCCUGGCUGGGCAUGCCCAGAACACCUCACCAGGGAGGCGUCUAGGAGUGCAUCCGGACUAGAUCCCCAAGCCACCUCAGCCGACUCCCCUUGAUGUGAAGGAGCAGUGGCUCUACUCUGAGCUUCCCCCAGAUUACCAAACUCCUUACCCCAUCUCUUAGGGUGAGUCCACUUGUACCCGCAAUCUUGCUCUGUCAGUCACUACCCAAAGCCCAUGACCAUAGGUGAGGUUACGAACGUAGAUCGACUGAUAAAUUCAGUGUUUUGCCUUCUGGCUCAGCUCUCUCUUCACCACGGCGACCGCAUUCCGAUUCGCCUGUCGAUCUCGCCCUUCAACCUUCCCUCGCUCGUGAACAAGAGCCCAAGAUACUAACAUAACCGCAAGACCUCACUCCCAACCCCAAGGGUUCAAUCCAGCUUUUUCUGACAGAUUUUCAGAGUUGGAGGUGCUCGGUCUCAUCCCAGCAAAUUGCCAGAGUAAACGCUGAAGGUCAAAGCUUGAUGUCCUUGUGUUUCGAGUACAUGGGCCAGACGUGGGGCGGGUCUGGUGCCGUGUAGUUCAGCACCACGUCAUCUGCAAAUAGCAGAGAUGAGAUUCUAAGGUCACAAAACUGACACCCUCAAUGCCUUGGCUCUACCGAGAAAUUCUGUCAAUGAAAAUUAUGAACAGAAUCGGUGAGCUUUGACGGAGGCCACAUUCACUGUGAACAGGCUUACUGCUGAUAACGCGAACCAGGCUCCUGCUCCGGUUGUGCAAGGACCGAGCGGGGGGACACGGUCAAAUGCUUUUUCCAAGUCUGCAAAUCACAUGUGGACCAGCUGGGCGAACUCCCACGAAGCCUCGAAUUCUCUUGCAAGAGUCUAGAGCUGGCCCGGUGUUCCACGACCAGGACAGGUCACGAAAGUGAAAGUAUUCGGAGCGGAGAUCUAGACAUGCAGGGCUCCUCCACAAGCCCAGGGAGUGUGCAUUACCACCGCCGUGAAAAACGAGGUGUGGAAGCGUGCGGCCUCCACAAACACCUGGGCAAAUGUUCACAGACAAGCUGGAACUAAGACUAGCCAUAGUGCUAAGAACACUUUGUUUACCCGGUGAAACGAAGAACAGCUGAAAAACUGAUACUAAUAACUAAUAAUACCACAAAACAAAUUACACCACUUACACUUCAGAACUCAUUAAACAAUAUAAAUGAAACUUGGAUAUGCUUUAGAGUAGUCAGUGCACAGCUUGUGUAUCAGGAUACAAGCAAAAUAACCCAACACACAGCCAUUGCUGUCCUUCAGCUGCCAACACACGUGAGUGCCGAUUUAAUUGUGUCUUUGCUCCAGUCAAGGGUGGUGGUGGUAGAGUCAUGGUCUGGGGCUGCAUGAGUGCUGCCUGUACUAGGAAGCUGUGGUUCAUUGAAGGAAACAAGAAGUCCAACAUAAGUAAAUAUCAAUGUAAUUGUGUCUUGCCUACAGUCAAGCAUGGUGGUGGUAGCAUCAUGGUAGUGGGGCUGCAUGAGUGCUGCCUGUACUAGGAAGCUGUGGUUCACUGAAGGAAACAUGAAUUCCAACGUACAGUACGUGAAUAGCAAGAUAAUUGUGUCUUGCCUACAGUCAAGCAUGGUGGUGGUAGCAUCAUGGUGUGGGGCUGCAGGAGUGCUACCUGUACAAGGAAGCUGUGGUUCAUUGAAAGAAACAUGAAUUCCAACAUCUGUUAAUAGCAAGAUAAUUGUUUCUUGCAUACAGUCAAGCACGGUGGUGGUAGCAUCAUAGUGUGGGGUUGCAUGUGUGCUGCCUGCACUAGGAAGCCGUGGUUCAUUGAAGGGAACAUUAAUUCCAUAAAAUGUGACUAGCAAGAUAAUUGUGUCUUGCCUACAGUCAAGCACGGUGGUGGUAGUGUCAUGGUGUGGGGCUGCAUGAGUGCUGCUGGCACUGGGGAGCUACGGUUCAUUGAGGGAAACAUAAAUUGCAACAUGUACACAUUCUGACACUCUCCCUUUUUUGGAGAGAGCGUUUUCCAAAGACCCCAAACACCUCCAGGUUGACAAAUUGCCAAGUAUGUAUCCAGACCUGGACCUAAAUGAGAUCCCGUGGAGGGUCCUCAAGCCGGAGGAAGGUGGUUGAGUUGAGCACAAUUUGGACACGUUCACUGUGAGGUGUGCACAUUGUGUUGCCAGCCGUUGCAACAAUAAUGGCUGUGUGUUGAGUCAUUUUAGCGGGUAGUAAACGGUUGGGCGUACUCACUCUUGUGAGACAUUCAAUGACUUGCAAUUGUGUAUUUGUAAUAAACAAUGCUUACCACGGAUCUGUUGGUGAUUAACUGACACUGUAAGCGGACCCCAGCUUUGACCUAUUUGAAUGCAUUUCAGAAUAAGAGCGGUGUUGCAGAUACACAGUGAAUUUGCUGCAUGAGGCUCUCCAGUUUCAGCUCCCUGGUGUCAGACUCACUGGCGCUGGGCUGCAGCCCAAUACAGGACACUUCCUGGAACACACCCAGCAGCAUUCAGUAUAAAUAACACUUUGUAUUAAUAUAUUUUUCACAACAUUCAUCGCAAAGGUGGUCGGAGAAACUCAGGCAUGAACGUGUGUGUUUGCGUCUCAUUCAAUAGCUAUCUAUGCAUGCAAAAAGCAAAACUUUCUCACUGAAACUGGAUACCCAACAUGAAGUUUGUGUUUUGCUGUCUUCUUUGCUUGGGUCCCCUCAGUUUAUACAAAAUACACCUGACAAUGUGCAUCUACUGUAUGUGUGCUCAGCUUCUACCUUCAUUAUGUCUACAUGUAAAUCCACUAGCGAGGGUGUGGCCUAGUAACAAAAAGGUCACAAUUUGUGCAAUCAUUUUUAAAAAAUAAAUAUGUACAUACAAUGUUGUGCUGGUUUAUUCCUCUCAUUCACGUGGCGGACUUCCUGGAAGUAUACAGUGCAGUCCAUUUUUAAAGUGGCUGAGCAGAUUUUUGCAAACUUACAUUUUUUAAUGCUUGUGAAUCAAUAUUUCAAUUUUGCAACUCGGCCUGUCGAUCGGUGGAAAUAUUUAACAUUUGAUUAAUCGCUUUCUUGUCCAUAGUUAACUCGUAAUUAAUCGCAGAUAGAAAAAAGUUGUUAUCUAUAGCAAGUGUACCGUUGAAAGAUCAUUUUAAAGUUUUUAAUACACCUAUCAAAAUGAGACUGGAUAAUACAUUUGCUUUACGCAAAUUUGUGUUUAUUCAACAUUCUGUUGUUUUUAGACAGCUCAACACUAAGGGGGUGCAGGGCGAAUGUGGCUCAACCGAAACAGGCUUUGUGUUCAAGAUGCAACUUGACAAAACCUAACAUCCGAAAUCUAAAUUGGUCCCGCGGUGGUGAUCAACUUCCUUUGUCAAGUCCGGUGUUCGGCUUUGUGCUCAGUGUGUGCUCACAUGAAAGGGGGCGUUUUGACGUCAUAAUAUUCUACUCUCGCUGAAAAGUGAAGCGAUGUCAGCCAGUGUAUUUUACGAAAAUUGAGUACGUAAUUAUUACGGAGCGUUAUGAGGAGUUCCCAAAAGAUUAUGGCGGUUAAAAGCAACACUGUCACCGCCAAUAGCGCGAGGAAGGACCGCUGACAGAAUAAGCUGAGCAUGUAAUGGACAAGUUAACAAUGAUUUACUAUACUAUACUAUUUACUAUAGAUUUACUAUAACCUACUAGUCUUUAGUCCCUACUAGACUUCUCCAUUUAAAAUAUAAACAAAUUGGAGCAAAAACUUAUUUAAAUCUUUGAAGUAUGUCUUCUUGUAUCUCCUUGUGGCCACUAGAUGGCAGUGUUGACGUGAGCACUCACGCAAACGGUGAUGUUUACGUCUGCAAACGUUGGCCUAAUUAUUAAUAUUUCAUAUUGCAUUUUAUUCCUGGUGCUCGUGUGAGCAUGUCUAGCGUAUUCCCUCGUAUGAAAAUCUAUCUCGCUCAUAGAUGGAUAUCAUCAUCAGAGAAUGCUCUUUUUUCAAUGUUUUUUCUACCUUCUACCUUCAUUGAAGACGUGAUUGUUGACAAAGACACGAUGUGCCGGCAAAACCAACACGGUCACCAGCCUUCAUGGUUUGCCACGGGUUAUUGCUUGAAUUCAAUUGGGUUUCUCACCUCAAGUCUGCUUUUCUUUUGAUUGUGGCUGCAAAAUAACUCAACGAAAGUUGCAAGGGCCAGCAUUUUGACAAAGAAGGUGAGAAACGCUAUUGAAUUCAAGAAAUAACUCAUAGCAAAACUGGUGAAAAUGGUGUCCGAGUGGAUCUCGCUGCCACAUCGUGUCUUUGCCAACAAGUAUGCUAUUAGUGAAGAUAAAGUAACCAAAAAUGUCCAUUUGUGUUAACAUUUUUGAGCAAAGAACUACAACGUCAUAUCAUAGACAGGCGAGGGAGCUGACUUCCGGUUCCUGUUUCCUUGUAUUAACCAAGCUUAUUAGCUGGUUAAUACAUCUACAAUACCUACAGUAUGUGAGACCUAACACACGUCUUUUCUGUGCGUUCUGAUGAUAUAAAAACAGAUAAAGGAUGGCAGGUAAUUAAUGGAUUUAAUGGGACACACCUAUUCCGCCUAGAAAGCUCGCUAUUACACCUUCAAAAACCUCCAAUGUACAAUGUUUUAUGGUUUUAUAUCCAUGAUAACAUGUAAUACUCACAGUAUUUUGUUCGGAUUUUGGUCAAUUUUAAGCAUUACCGGAACUUCCUGCCUGGAUGCAUUGAUUUCACAUAGCAACAUGGAAAGGAACGCUGCACCUAGUGUGGUUUUCCAAACUCAAAAGCAAAAACACAGCAGUAGUGGCGGCGGCUCUAAUAUGUAGUCUUACCUUUCGGUAGUGGCGUGAGGCUUUGUGAGCGAGUGUGUGGUGAAGCUAAUCGCUAGCCGGCUAGUCGCUAGCCGGUGUGUUGUGACGAGGUGUCACUACGCCUGUAAUGUAGUUCUUUGGCCUAACAAUGUUAAUAACAAUGUCGCUGUAGCUUGGUUAGUAUGCAGGUCAUAUUAUAUAAAUGGAGCGUUGUUUUUGGUGAUGACGGUGGGGACGGCUUUAUAGUCGGAAUAGGUGCGUCCCACUACGUACAUUCUUAGCUGCCUCUUUUUUUUAUCUGUUUUUAUAUCUUUAGAACGCACAGAAAUGAAAAAUAGGAAAAAAAAAUUGUGUUCAUGUCUCACAUGAGGAUUGUGGAUGAUGGGCGAAAUUCCCCCGAAAAAGGCAGUUUUCCUUUAAGAACACAGUCGGACUCAGGCAGUGUAUUAAUAACACCACAAGACGCGCACCGUAUUGUACAUUUACACAUCAAAUUUCUACGUUAACUAAAAAACACGCCACCCGGGGCCUACACUAACUGAGGUUCCACUGUACAUCUAAUAUAUUAUAUAAUAUUAAAUAUUAGAAAGGGCUGAUAGUAUUGUGCAAUGCAAUUCCAUAGCACUGCAAACCACAACAAUAAACAUAUUGUCAUUUCCUCCCUGACACUCUUAAUCAAUUAUGUUUUACUAAUAUAGCCAAUGAGUGUACCAUCCAAGUAUCUUAUCCAUCCAUGUAUGCAAAAGGUAUAGUGGUCAUUAAUGAUAGCCAUGCAUCCAUUUGGCUGUGGUCGCAUCAGUGAAUGGUCACCCAGACGCUCAAUGCAAUUGGAUAUGGAAAUUUCCCACCCGAGGCUAUUUACGCCGCCGUACUCUUGUGUGGAUCGACUGAACUCAAAGCUGCAGAAUAGUCCCCUAUUUGCUCGCUGAUGAUGUGACAUCGAGUUUGAGCAUCUCUAACUGACCAUAACAUUUCAUCUCCUCACACACACACACACACACACACACACACACACACACACACACACACAUACACCAAACAAAUAGGAAGAAAAUCCUUCUCAUCCCAGAGCAGCGGAAUGACUUACACAUUUAGACAUGAGGGAUGAGGACGUGGAUGCCUGCAUUCCACUUUUAAAGAAUAAGUCACUUAUAAUCGCUGCCACAAAGACAUGACAGCACCAAAUUACCGUGAGAACAAGUUAUAUAAAAUACUUAUGCAGACAGUUGCAAACAUGCGAGCUGUUCCCGCUAAAGAAUUCUUGCAUAUUUUGGUAACACUUCAAAAUGUGCUGUUGUAAGAAACGACGGCACUUGGGGUUUAUUACAAGUUAUUAAAAUGAUCCAGGACAGCGACUCAUCAUAGUCACCAUUAUGAGUCGCUGUCCUGAUGAUUGAUGGACAGUCAGGAAGCCGCUUGGCAGAGCGGAGGAUGCUGCUGAUGCUUUUCCAUAUCCACACACAGGCUCAGGGGCCUUCCAGCUCUGAGCACUGAAAGGUCAUUUGAGAGGACAUGGUGUGGACUUCUGUGCACGCACACACCCGCACACACACACAGUGUAUGCUACACAACGACACACAAUGGCGAGGAAGCGAUGUGUUGCGCUGUGUUUUCACGGUGAUGCUGAUCCAAUAGAGAGCAUCUGCACAAGUGCGAUAAUAAAAAUCCAUAAGCUGCAACUCGAAGGGGACCAAAACAGACGCACGUGGGCUCUACAAAUUGUAUUUUUAUUCAAACUACUGCCGAGCCUGACAUGGUUUUAAAUAUCUUUUCGCUCACUUCAUCCUCUCUUAUCACCAACUCGUAUCCUUUUAGCUCUCCCUAGAGCUUUGUUUAUCUUUCCUGAAGAUAUUUUUGGCCAUAACCCCUGUCAGCUUUCUUGCUCCAUCUUUAUUUCAGUCUUUUUGAAUACAUUGCCAUUUUGGGAAGCAUGAUUGUGCACUUUUUAAUAGACAGCCAGAUAAGCAGAGGGAUACGAUUCUGAUGUCAGAGGCUGGCUAAGCCAGCUUAAAAAAAAGAGUGGAAAUGGACAAGCGGCGAGCCUAAGAAGAAUAUCUGCCCUAAAGCUCUUUAGUGGACUGUAUGAAAACUAACGCAAACAUGAUAUUUUAAAUAUAAAACUGGCUUGCGUGUUCAAGACGGUUUCGUUGGUACCUCUAAGUCAAUAAAACAGAUGUUUUAUCAUUCACAUUUGUGCAAAUAUUUCUUUUACCUGUCCUGAGGGAUCGGUAUGCCUUAUUGUGCCACAACUAAUUUAAUGUGCAGUAGGUGAGUCUAGAAUACUGAAUUUAUUUUAAUGGCCCCAGACAGUAUGUGGUUUAAGACAAAGAAAUGGCAGAAGACAGGAGAAAGAAAACAGAAAACAAUCACAGAACACAAAAACAGCAACAACAACAACAACAAUGCCCGCUUGUGCUUGAUUUUUCGUGGUUUAAAAGGGAACAGAUUUUUAAAAAUGACAGAAGACAGCAGAAAGAGAAAAGAACGCAAUAACAAGAAAACAACAGCAACAACAAUAACAAUGCCUGCUUGUGCUUGAUUCUGCUUGGUUUAAAAGGGGACAGACAUAAAAGAAAUGGCAGAAGACAGCAGAAAUAGUAGAGAAAGCAACAGCAAGACAGCAACAACAACAACAAUGCCUGCUUGUGCUUCAGUUUGCUUGGUUUAAGAGGGGACAGAAAUCUAACAACUAAAGACACAACAAAAAGCAGUAACAGAAGACAACAACAGCAACAACAAUAACAAUGCCUGCUUGUGCUUCAGUUUGCUUGGUUUAAGAGGGGACAGAAAUAUAACAACAAAAGACAGCAGAAAGACAAAACAAAAAGCAAUGACAGAAGAAAACCACAGCAACAACAAUGACAAUGCUUGCUUGUGCUUGAUUCUGCUUGGUUUAAAAGGGGACAGACAUAAAAAAAAAUGGCAGAAGACAGCAGAAAUAGUAGAGAAAGCAAUAGCAAGACAGCAACAACAACAAUGCCUGCUUGUGCUUCAGUUUGCUUGGUUUAAGAGGGGACAGAAAUCUAACAACAAAAGACAGCAGAAAGACACAAUAAAAAGCAGUAACAGAAGACAACAACAGCCACAACAAUAACAAUGCCUGCUUGUGCAUCAGUUUGCUUGGUUUAAGAGGGGACAGAAAUCUAACAACAAAAGACAGCAGAAAGACACAAUAAAAAGCAGUAACAGAAGACAACAACAGCAACAACAAUAACAAUGCCUGCUUGUGCUUGAUUCUGCUUGGUUUAAAAGGGGACAGACAUAAAAAAAAUGUCAGAAGACAGCAGAAACAGUAGAGAAAGCAACAGCAACAACAACAAUGCCUGCUUGUGCUUCAGUUUGCUUGGUUUAAGAGGGGACAGAAAUCUAACAACAAAAGACAGCAGAAAGACACAAUAAAAAGCAGUAACAGAAGACAACAACAGCAACAACAAUAACAAUGCCUGCUUGUGCUUGAUUCUGCUUGGUUUAAAAGGGGACAGACAUAAAAAAAAAUGUCAGAAGACAGCAGAAACAGUAGAGAAAGCAACAGCAACAACAACAAUGCCUGCUUGUGCUUCAGUUUGCUUGGUUUAAGAGGGGACAGAAAUCUAACAACAAAAGACAGCAGAAAGACACAAUAAAAAGCAGUAACAGAAGACAACAACAGCAACAACAAUAACAAUGCCUGCUUGUGCUUGAUUCUGCUUGGUUUAAAAGGGGACAGACAUAAAAAAAAAUGUCAGAAGACAGCAGAAACAGUAGAGAAAGCAACAGCAACAACAACAAUGCCUGCUUGUGCUUCAGUUUGCUUGGUUUAAGAGGGGACAGAAAUCUAACAACAAAAGACAGCAGAAAGACACAAUAAAAAGCAGUAACAGAAGACAACAAAAGCAACAACAAUGCCUGCUUGUGCUUGAUUUUGCUUGGUUUAAGAGGGGACAAACAGAAAGCGAAAUGGCUGAGAAAUGACAAACUAAACAGCAGGAGAAAAUCAACAAAACACAACAGUUUAACGAGGGAAGCCCUCAUCCAGUUAUUUAUUUGUUCAUAUAACUCACACAGCGUGAUGAACAACACAGUGUCUGUCUCCUUUUGUCACGUCGGAACAGGAUCAAUUAAGCGCUGUGCUGUCCAUGCGAUGACACUGGUAAAUGUUAGCGUUAGCAGAGAAGGCUUAGCCGGCCCUGACAGCACACCAAUGGAAUUUAAAAAAUAUAUAUAGUAUUAAAUUUGGUAAUAUGAGGUUUGUUGCAAAAUAUUAUAUGAACUUUCUUACUGUAGUGAACUUUGACAUUAGGUGCUAACGACCAACUAAAGUCGCAUCAAGUUUCGAGACAACGAGAUGAAUAAGCCAAGAGAUUUGACAUAAGCCAAGGAAUGGAAAACAUCCCGUCAAGUGUCUGUGAAUAAGCAACAUAACAAAGGAAGCAACAGCAACCAAAUGAAUACAUCUCACCUUCACCCUUUCGUGCUCGGAGGCGGUAAAACAAAAUGAGUAUGUGCUCUUUGGAAGACAUCCAGCGACUCCUGUUACCUCUUGUGUGUCAGUGUGUGACAACUUGAACUUGCCACCAUCUAUGAGUGUCAGUUGAAGAGCCACGAACAGAAACGUAAAACCAGAUGAGAAAACACCUGACACCUCCUCACAAGUCGCCGAGCAGCUCUUGGAAAGCUUUUUUUAUGCUCUUCAUAUGACGAGUAACGUGAGGCCACGCUGACGAUGGGCACUUGAUCCCGGACCCCACAGGCCCGCCACUCUUUCAGGUUGCCGUGGUCAGAGCUGUUAAAUGCUGUCCUGGGAUGUGUGAACUCUGCUUUUCUAAUCCCAUCGCUGGAGAGAAAAUGACUAACUUGGAUGAAUCACAAGCCCGUAAAGCCUGCGAACAUUUUUUCCACAAAGGGCUACUGUAUAUACUGAAAAAUGAAAGGAUGCAAGGGCCACUUUCAUACAGUAUUUUGUAUCCUAAUAAGUCAUAUUUCGAGGAAAAACUGCAUCUAAACUUGGUGAUGUCGGUGAAAAAGUUCAUUAUUAGUGUGAACUUUGGUGUUUGCUCUUUUUUUGUUUUUUUAAUUUUUCAAAUAUUUCAACUUUCUUCUUAAAUAUUCUUCAUAUAUUUUCAUCUCGGAAUUUUAGGACUUUAUUCCCAUAUUAUAACGUCCGGCCAUCCACCUUAUACCGCUUAUCCGAGGUCGGAUCACAGGGGCAGCAGCCCGAGUUGGGAAGCCGACACCUCCAACUCCCCAGCCACUUUGUCCAGCUCCUCCCGGCGGAUCCCGAGGUAUUCCUAGGCCAGUUGAGAAACAUACUCUCUCCGAUGUGUCCUGGGUCUUCCCCGAGGCCUCCAUUGGAUGUGCCCUGAACACCUCCUCAGGGAGCCGUCCGGGAGGCAUCCUGACCGGAUGCCCGAGCCACCUCAUCUGGCUCCUCUCAUUGUGGAGAAGCAGCAGCUCUACUCCGAGUUUCUCCCAGAUGACAGUGCUUCUCACCUCAUCUCUACGAGAGAGCCCUGCCACCCUAAGAAGAAAACUCAAUUCGGCCGCUUGUACCCGCGAUCUUGUCCUUUCGGUCACUACCAGAAGCUGAUGACCAUGGGUGAGGGUAAGAACGUAGAUCGACCGGUAAAUUGAGAGCUUUGCCUUUCAGCUCAGCUCCCUCUUCACCACAACAAACCGAUGCAGAGUCCGCUUCACUGCAGACGCCGCGCCAAUUCGCCUGUCGAUCUCGCACUCAAUCCUCCCCUCACUCGUGAACAAGAGGUACUCAAACUCCUCCAGUUGAGGUAGGCUCAAAAAGCAGAGACCCAAUCCUGUCGAAACCCUUCAACGCCCUGGCUGGGCCUAGAAAUUCUGUCCAUAAAACUAAUGAACAGAAUCGGUGGCAAAGGGUCCAACCCUCACUGGAAACGGGUCCGACUCAUUGCCGGCAAUGCCAACCAAACUCUGACACCAAUCAUACAGGGAACGAACAGCCUGAAACCACCACCCCGGUCUGCCAAUCCAGGGGCACUGCCCCCAAAAUCCACACAAUGCUGCAGAGUUGUGUCAACCAAAACACACCCACAGCAUCCACAUCUUUUAAGAAACUCCGGGUGGAUCUCACCCAUCCUCGGGCCCUGCCACACAGGAGUUUUUUGACAACGUUGGCAAUCUCAGCCCCAGAAAUAGGAUAGCCCACGCGACCCUAAUGAGGAAGAAGCGGUAUAGAAAAUGGAUGGAUGGAUGGAUGGAUGGAGUCCCCAGGCACUGCUUCCUCAUUGGAAGACGUGUUGGCUGGAUUACUUACUACCUCCUCUGUCUGCAGAAAAACAGCGUACAGAAUACACUGUGGAACUCUACCCUUGUGAACAUCAGUUGAACAUCAUUGUGCUGAAGAAAGUAAUUUGCUGCUCCAAAAAAUGGCAAAAAGAGAAUUAACAAUGGAAGAGAGACAGACCAUCUUUGUAGGUUUUUCCUCCAGAGAAAUUGGAGUGUUCUAAAACCUUUGACUGGUAGUGUACGUUUUGUAAUUUACAUUUUGUUCACUUUGCGUGAUUAUGAAUUUAGUAUCAUAAAAUUUUGACUUUAUUCUCACAUUAUAGCUUUUUUUCCAUUUCUAUUUCCUGCUGUUGUUUAUUUUUAAUUUCCCCACUAUUUCAACUUUCUUCUUGUAAUGACUUUAUUCGCAUAACAUUUUGACUUUAUUCUCACAUUCAACAUUAUAACUUUUUCCGCUACCUAAUUAAAAAAAAUGUUUUACUUUGCUUGUUUUUUUUUUGCUUCUUAUAAAAUUACAACUUUUAAAAAAUGCUACUAAAAUGAUGUUAUUUUUUUUAAUAAUACGUUAUUCUUGUAAAAUGACCACCUUUUCUCGUUCUCGAAUUUUUUCCUCUUAAUAUUUUGACUUUAUUCUUGUAAAAUUACUGGAUUUUUCCAUUUUUGCUGCUGUGUUUUUUUUUGUUUGUUUUCUCGUUAAAUUAUAUUUUUAACCCUGCUGUAAUGCUUUUAAACGGAUCCAAAUAAAUCCUGCCAGAAACUUUAACAAAAGAAGGUGAAUUGAGUCCUUGUGACUCUGAGCUAAUACAAUUUAUGAAGGUCAUUUUUAGUUGUACAACUUGAACUUCAGAUGCCAUGGAGCCCUUCUGACGUCCUGCGGUGUUACCAUGCUGUACAACGUAAUUUGCCGUAGAGGAUGGCAGGAGAUGCAGGGAGAGGCUGGGAGGGGGCGUCAGCUUAUUUAUGAGCAUUUCUGAGGCCAGGAAGAUAUCACAGCAGAUGAGCUUGUAGAGAUACUGUAUGUCUAGGUAUGCCUGAAGCUAAAGUAGUGAAGCACCCUCUAGUGGCAGGCUUGUGCAUCCAAUGAGCUCAAGCUGUAAAAGCAAUUUGACCUAAAGUACAAGUAGUUGCAUGAAUUCAUCCAUCCAUCCGUACCGCUUGUCCUUGUCCUGAAAUAUGCAAUAUUAUGUGUGAGUUGGGAUGAACGAUCGUCUCACACACAGCAUUCAUCCAUUCCCCAUGAAAUAUAUUCACAAUGAAUUCCUCUAAGAGCUGUGAGCCUCAACUUGUUUGUUCAAGAGUCCCGAGUGUUGGCGCUCAACCAUAUGCAAGAUGCUCUCUGAUAAUCCCCUAAUGAUGCUGUGUGUGUUGGGAUGUGCCGCCAGAGCCUUCAGAAGUUCAGUCACGCCUUCCCGCUCCAGUAUCGAGCUGUAAUGCGAAGCUGAGGAGGACAGAGCAAGAAAUGGGGGAUGAAACUUCUGAAAUAUUCCUCACAUGAAUCCGCAGCAUGGCCUUGAGUCAUGCGUGCCAUAAGGAGAAGACACACUCUAUGUUUUAUCGAUGAGGAAGAAACGUACUGUUCAGAGUGCAGACAAAAUGGAUGGCCCACACGGCCCACAGCUGCACUCCUGUGGGUUGAAACGUCUGAAGCAGGCGGCAAAAUGGACGGAAGGACCUAAAUGUAAAGGGACAGUAGACACAGACCCAUCACUGACACAGUCAGGAACUAUUCCUUACGGGCCUGCAUGCGUUCUUUCUUCUUCUAUGGUUUGGUGUGUCACGUGGUUCUGUCUGCGUGUCUGUUCACUGUGUAUGACAUCGUUUUCACUCAGUGAGGCGUUCAUCCGGAUGCAACUAUUUGCUAAUCCGGCACAGUGUGGACGCACAUUUUUUUUCAACCCGCCCCCCCAAAAAAAUCUCAGGAGAAUUCCUGGCCUUAAUGUUGCCUAGCGAGGUGCUAGCAUGCUAACUCUUAGCAAUGUUAGAAGUUUAUCCAUCAGAAUUAAGUCUCUAUAGAACUGCCUUUUAGCACUUUCUUCGCUUACUAGCUUGAUGCUAGCAAGCUAAAUGUUAACAUUUUUGUUAUUUUACUGGUUUAAAAACCUAAAUAUUUACAUGGCAUGAUGUAAGAGCUGGAUACAACUGCCUUGCAACUUUCGAUAAGUAUGCUAAGGCUAGGCUAGUAUGCUAACUGUUAGCAUGUAUCAUAUUAAAUUGCAUAAUAUUUUUAUAUACUGUAAACUGCAAUUUAAAUGGUUGAAUCCAUGUGCUUAUUUUCAAGAAAGCAUAAUCUCACCUGUAAAAUACCAUCUCUUUAUCCAAAUGUGUCCAGGCUGCAACGGACACAUGCUUUUAAGAAACAAAGACACAUUGAUUAGAGCCAGAAGCAACUUCAACUGCCAGGUACUGUAAAAAACAGAUUGUUGACACGUGUGCACACACCAGCUGCUUGAGUAUGGUGUUGCGGAGCUCUUCAUCCAGUCUCCAAGCCUCUUGUCUGGAAGUGAGAUGAGCCAGAAUCCCUCCAGCAAAGUACCGGACCCCCAUCUCUAUCUGGGGAUCCUGCAACAGGCUGAGGAUGUGCUCCAAGAGGUCCUCCUCCAUUAGCUCUGACUGCAACUGCUCCACCUCUGCUAUGUUGUUCUUGAACACAGUGAGACAUUUCUUUUUGCUUGUUCAGAUAAGUAACGUGUCAACUGAAGUAAUAAAUCAUAUUACAAGACAUUGAACCCACCAGGAGGCCAAGAACCUUCUGCUGUAUGGAAGACACGUUGUAGUAGGACUGCAAACAAACAACAGAAGAACACUCUGAAAGCCCAGCCCAGCUGACUUUAGUCACCAAUCACAUGGCACAUAUAAACAACUCACACACACAUUCACAAUUACGGACAAUUUAGAGUCCCCAAUCAAACAAACAUGCAUGUUUUGGGACUGUGCAACGAAAGUACUCAUGCAAGUAUGCACUUCUGUUAACAAUUCAGCCUUGGUGGAGGUCCACGCUUCACUGUGUGACACUGUAUUUAUUACAGUGUUGCUAAAACAACAUGCACUCAAUAUAAAUAUAAACGUAACACUACUGUUUUUGUUCCCAUCUUUCAUGAGGUGAAGACAGUAUGAUUACAGCACGAGUGUGCCUUAGGCUGGCCACAAUAAAAGGCCACUUCCCGAGAAAUCGACCUAUUCUGUACAUAGAAAAAGUUCUACAUCUUCAGAUCAUGAAAGAAGCGAGUGAAAACAGCGUAUCACCGUUCACUCUAUCAAUAUUUUUCAAUAUAUAUUAAUCAACAAAUCAUCGCCGUUUUGUGGUUGAUUACAUCCUAUUAUUAGACCAAAAUAUCUGCACAUUAAGCACAUUUUUCGCCUAAAUUAAGCAUUUUCAAGCUAAAUGAACUUUAAAUACAUACUAUAUAAGGCAUUCAGAAGACACAUUCAAAAAGGAGAUAUGUAGUACUCCGCACUGGUCACUAAGUGUCAGUAAUGUUACUGUAAUGCGAGACACACAAGCACCAGACUCGAUCGCUCUCACAACAGGCACGAUAAUCCCUAAUAAAAACACGGUCUACUGUUGCGGCUUUAACCCAGACCAAGGUUAAAAGUCAACUCUGAAUCCCCGAUGUCACUUCCAGUCCGUCCCUCGCUCUGCUCCUCUAGCACUGGAACAGUCAUAUUUUGUCUUAAAUUGCUUAUUUGCUCUUUUUUGUCUACUAUAUUGGGUAAUAUGAGUGUAAAGGUGAUUAUAGGGGUGUUAUUUCAUGUCUAGAGGGCUCUAAUAAUGUAAAAAGAACAUUGUAGUCUAUGCUCUCACUACGAAAGUUCGAUUUAUAAAUAAGGAAUCAUAAUCCGCGGUAUCACGGUCGGGUCUGGAACCAAUUACCCGCGAUAAACGAGGGAUUACUGUAUAUCAUAAAAACUGUACUCUGCAGUGUUGGAGAGCUGCACUGCAUCAUACUGAGAGGCGGUCAAGUGUGAUGUCAUGUAAGGUAGGGGUUAAGGGAUAAACCAGAUGUCGGAGGAUGUUUGCGGCAGGGACAUGAACCGCUGUUGGGGGUCUCUACCUCCAAAACCUCCUCGUAUAGCUCCAAACCGUUACACUCGACGAAGUUACGCGCCGCUGCAGGCAUCUCGUCUGUUAAGUUCCACAAAGCUCUCAAGGCAAACUUGAGAGUGGAGUCCACCACUCCGACCAUGGCCCUCUGCUGCACAAUGGCCAACAGCUGCUGUUGGAGAAAACGCCAGACAAGCUUCAGCCUUGUUUGUGCUGUGUGACAUAAGAAUAAUACAUGAAUAUAAUAACAGAGAGUGAAGCUUGACUGCAUCCACACAGACCAAAAUAGAGAGUGAACAAGAGUAAGCUGAGAAGGACGAGCACAUGUGACGACGGCGUGACGGAGCGUAAAUGACUUGAUGCAGUAGGUGGUGGAAAAUAGAGCAGGUGAGAGGAAUGGACAGGUGGAUGGAGAUAAAUAGAAAUACACCCAUGCAUAAGUGCGGUGAAGACAGGAAUGCUGCCAAUACACAGUGGGUGCAAAAGUACCUUCAUGAUAGAGACAUCCUCGCCAAGCGUUGCAAUUUCUGCUGUGGACAGCUGCAAGUGAAAACAAUAAAGAGAUCUGAAAAGAUUUAAUUACAUCCGCUUUUCGCCGAGAUAUUCUUUGAUCCUACAGGGAAAUUGGACAGUUAAAGCCUGAACCAACAGGUGCACAAAUGUUCCCCCACUGCACUCUAAUGCACGAUACACGAGCAGUGUCUUGACCUUGGCCACCAGAAUGGAGAUGACAGCUACAGCCAUCCUCUGAAGGGUGGGAUCCUCGUGGCUGCUCAGCCAGUUGAUCACCAGCGUGGCCGCCAGAUACCUGCACCGUGAUCACAGCAAGCAUGAGGAGCAACGAAUACGCCACGAAAAAUGUGCACACAGUCUGCAAGAGACAUUUCCUGCAGUCCUACAUCUGGAAAAACAGUUUCCAUUGGCCAAAGACCGCACUGAUUAUCUGGGCUACUGUGUAUCCAUGAGCUCAAAUGUCUUACUAUAAUAGAAUGAAAGUAAACUGACGUGUCAAAGGGGAUAUCCUGAAGGAUAUAGUCACUGCAGAGUGCCAGCAGACAGUUCUUUUGGACCUAGGGAGAUAGAAGCACAAUAAUACGGCUGUCACCUGUUGCAAACUUAUUUGGACGAUGACAGAUGACUACAGUGGAUUCAUGUGUAGAUGCUUUCAUUUAAAGCUUCACAAAAGUAUUCCAUUUAUCAUUUACAUACAGACUAUUCAUGUAAAGCACCUCAGUUUUGGGCCAAAAUGACACCAUUACAAAGCAAAAUGUCAUUACAGUCAUUUCUCGUUUAUCGCGGUUAAUUGGUUCUGGACCAGACGGUGAUAAGUGAAUUUCAGCGAAGUAGGAUUCCUUAUUUUUGAAUGAAAUGUGGCCGCACGGUGGUCUAGUGGUUAGCAUGUUGGCCAACACAGUAACAGUCUGGAGAUCGGGAAGACCUGGGUUUGAUUCUCCCUUGGGCAUUUCUGCAUGUUCACCCCAUGUGUGCGUGGGUUUUCUCCGGGUACUCCGUUUUUUUUUUUUGGUGACUCUAAAUUGUCCAUAGGUAUGAAUGUGAGUGUGAACGGUUGUUUGUCUAUAUGUGCCCUGUGAUUGGCUGGCGACCAGUCCAAGGUGUACCCCGCCUGUUGCCCGAAGUCAGCUGGGAUAGGCUCCAGCAAGCCCCCACGACCCUAAUGAGGAGAAGCGGUAUAGAAGAUGGAUCGAUGGAUGACCUUCUCCAGCCUGUGUCAUGUCUUUAAUGUAAGUGUGACGUCAUUAUUCUUGCUAACCCGGCAACAAAAUACGCGCUUGGAGGCGGGGAGACGCUUACAGUAAUCGCUUCAU